GGAGACUGGAGCCCAUUUCUUCAUCCAAUGCUUCCUGAAUCUUUUUGUCUUGAAAUCAUACCGAUACAAGCGUAUAACAAGCGAGCUGUAGGCGUCGGGUCGAACCAGCCACAAAGAAACCAGAGAGAAACUAAAACUGCAAGCGAAGCAAAGAAAAACAAACUGCAACCCAAUAUGAGACCGCUUGUUUGAACUCAGCGAUUUUGCACAGACAAGUCCAUAGUUACCACUCCUUCCGCCUUGACCAUCUUCUCAGUCUCACAGUUUACACAGACAAUUAAGAGAGUUUCCAGGUGAGAAGAUGAAAGCGACUCAGUGUACAACACGCAGGUAAUUAUGGAUGGAAGCUGGUCAACUAGACAAAGGUAGAUUCAUUUCGUUUAUCACCCACCUCUGAUCUACUUGCUAAGUUAAGAAAUGGCUGUCGCACUGGACCCAGACGAAGUGCUUUGUUCCACGAGCGGGAAAGAUAACUUCUACAGAAUAUCGCGCCUUCUCAUAAGUGGAGGUACUACACUACUUAGAGAGGUGUUUGAUCAGAAGUGCCCACCAGAUUGUCUUCCUCAAAAAUUAAAUGAGCUUAGAGCGGCAAAGCUCACAAAGCCACAGAGGGACUGUCUGUACCCCUCCCCAGGGACUUAUGGCAAAUCAGAAGAUUUCGAUAUUACUCUGCUCUUCUAUUUGUUAAAGACAAUUUGCAACCUCACCCCUCCUGGCACGGGCUGGGAUGUAUUACCGGCCCCCACCGAUCACAGUUUGGCUGCAGAUUUAGCAAGAAUCAAGCAUUACAGGAACACGGUGUAUGGCCACGUAACUUGGAAUAUGGAGAUAGCAGAUGACGAGUUUCUACAGCUUUGGGAGGAUAUCAGCCAGGCGCUAAUAGGUAUCGCGGGACACAUCAGCCCAAUAAAGAAACGUGAUUGGCAGAAGGCCAUUGUUAACCUUUUGAAUGAUCCUCUUACAACCGAUGAUGAAAGAAAUGUACAGGAACUGCAGGAAUGGUACAAAGAAGACAUGACUCUUAAGCAGGCCGUGGGUGAAUUAACACAAAAAGUCGAUAAAGUACUUGAAAGAGCCGAUAAACCUAGUAAAGAGUCGAAGAACCACCCUCCUCGUGAAUGUCCUUCGGCCCCAAAAGGGGACAGUAAUGAAGGAAUUGAUAUAGCUCUCAUUCAGCUGGUUAUUGAAUGUGUAGCCACGCAUUUUGAUCAACGACGAGAAUCUCCAAGGAACAGGAGAGCCACCACACAAGAUGUUUUAAACCUUGCUGCGCAGACGUACUUAAUAAACAUGCAGCCCUCCACUCCGGAAGAACAAAAUAAAUUUCUAGAUUAUUUGAGGGAAAUACGACGUUUGUUGUUUAUCGAUGCCAAAGAAGGGAGCUUGAUCAUCACAGUGGGAUGUAGAUCUGUUCAGAUACUCGAUGACUUAUGGAAAGACUAUUGCGCUGGUCGUGUAACUGAAAUGGCACAGAAAUACCUUGUAACGAAGCGAGUUCUGGAUGACCUUGGUCUUACCGAGGCAAAACUCACCACAAAAAUUCCAGAGGAGGAGUACAAAACUUGUCGAAAGCAAUUAUCGGUGUAUGCAGAACUUAAACAGAUAAUUCAGCGGUUGAAGGAUUACCAAGGUAAACUUCAAAGAAGUUUUGUCAAAUGGGCUAAAAUUAGAAAUGAAAUCAGAGACUUGCUUUCGGAGUUUGUAAACAGACGUCAAGAACGAAGGAUGCACUUUGGUAGAGCAUCUCGGAUCACGGCCGCAGUAGGGGCAGCACUUACAACAGAUAUCGUUACAGGCCUAUUUGCAGUCCUCGUGUAUUGUUCUAUAAGCUGCCUUUUCGGAGAAAAUCGCAGAAAAUCUCUUACUGCACAAGACAUAAAAGCUUUGCAAGAGGUUGCUUUAAACAUGAACCACCUUCAGCGGCGCGUUGCUCACCUAGCUGUGUAUUGUCGUGACAACACCGAACGAGUACUAUCGAGCACAGUUUUGGCCCUCUUGUCGUAGGGUCUCAAGUAUAAAGGGUUUUUGAGACCCUACGACAGCCAGGAUCAGAAGUUUGUCUUGCACCGACGUCAACACUAUCAACACUAAUCGAAAGAGAAUCAAACAUCCAUACGCAGCGUUUACCCAGGUUAGUAGCUAGCCUUGUUGAGAAUGAAUCUAAUCAGGGAGAAGCUAAGAGAACUUGCAGAGAAAUUCUAAAUGAGCUAAGUGAAGAACCGAAUGAGGGAGAAAUCAAGAGAAUGGUCUUCGAUUUUAUCAAUGAAGAGUUUAUCAGGCAGAUGUAAAGAGGUAACAAGUAGAGGAUGGAUAUCUUCUUUGUGUCAUAUGGUCACCGGCCGAAGCUAGUGACAAUAGGGACUUUAAGCAAACCACGACGGCUACGGCAACGAGAACGUGGAAAAACAAUAGAUCUAAUU